CACUUCCCGCGCGCCGCCCGGUCCCAAGAUGGCGGCGGGCAGCCGGUGGCUCCGGAGCUGCUGCUCCCUCCUCAGACAAAGCUUCCCUGUUGUCUCCAGCAUCAGGAGGUGCUGCCUCUCGGGCGUGAGCGGGCGCUGGCACCGAGCGGUGGGCGUGGGGCUGGGAGUGGCCCUGUGUGCAGUCCCUGUGGCAGAGAAGCAGAACCCGAUUUCCCUCAGUAACGAGGCGCUGAUUAAACGAGCAGUUUCCCUGGUAACAGACAGCACCUCCACACUCCUCUCCCAAACCACCUACGCCCUGAUUGAGGCCCUGACAGAGUACACAAAGGCAAUUUAUACCUUGGUGUCUCUCUACAAGCAAUACACAAAUCUCCUGGGGAAAAUGAAUUCAGAAGAGGUGGAUGCAGUCUGGCAGGUGGUGAUAGGAGCCAGAGUUGAUAUGACAACAAAACAGCAGGAAUACCUGCGGCUGGAAUCCAGCUGGAUGACAGCAAUCCACCUCUCAGAGAUGGCAGCAGAAGCUGCCUAUCAAUCAGGUGCAGACCAAGCCUCAGUGACAGCCCGAAGCCACAUCCAGCUGGUGAAGUCACAGGUGCAAGAAGUGAGGCAGCUGUCUCAGAAAGCAGAGACCAAGUUGGCUGAAGUUCAAACAGAAGAGCUCAUAAAAGCUCACGGGGAGGAAUCUUCAUUGCCACAGGGUGUUUUAGACAAUCUGGAUGCAGAUGAUGACCCUUACCUUCGGGAGGACUGAAAAGAAUUGAAGCCUCACCACAGAAUCCAUCACAGAUGGAAGGAUCCCAAACUCUGAAGUGUGGCAUAGUGGAAAACUACUGAAAUAAGCCUGUGAUUCCAUGGUUUGUUUUUUUUUCCCCAAACAGGAUUGCUUUACAAAUCAAGUAUCUGAAAGGCCUUGAUCUUGUUUGUAACCUAUCAUGUUUGUAAUACUUAUGGAUUCAGUUAUUUAAAUGAUGAACUAUGCAAAUGUGACAAUUGCUAUCAAGGAUAGCUUGGUUAUUGUGUCUGCCAGGAGGGUCCUGUGGCUCCUUUGAUGUGUUUGUGAGAGAUCUCUUAGAGGCCAAAGAAGUGUAUUUAAAAGUUGUUCUUUUUAACUUGUGAAGUGAAUGAUGUCUGUUAGGAGAUACCUGUAUUAAACUCUGCAGAAGCA